UGUCCAAAGAUGCCUUCACAAUUUUCACACACAUACAUGCACUCGCUGCCUCGCUCUAUUUAUCAUUCAGUCGAUCAUUGAUAGGAAGGAAGUGCAUCAUCACUAAUGGCGGAGAAGUCUUUCAAAUACAUCAUCGUCGGCGGUGGUGUAUCAGCUGGCUAUGCUGCCAGAGAGUUUGAAAAGCAAGGAGUAAAGCCUAACGAACUAGCAAUCAUCUCUAAAGAGGCGGUAGCUCCUUAUGAACGCCCUGCAUUAAGCAAGGGAUAUCUGUUCCCUGAAGGAACUGCAAGGCUUCCAGGGUUUCAUGUCUGUGUUGGUAGUGGAGGAGAAAGACUAGCACCUGAGUGGUAUAAAGAAAAGGGCAUAACUUUGAUCCUUAGCACAGAGAUAAUCAAAGCAGAUCUACCUUCAAAAACUCUCAAAAGUGCAGCUGGUGACACCUUUAAAUAUGAAGUUUUGAUCAUUGCAACUGGCUCCACAGUUUUCAGACUGGAGAACUUUGGUAUACAAGGAGCUGAUGCCAAGAACAUCUUUUACUUGAGAGAAAUUGCAGAUGCUGAUAAACUUGUGGAAGCAAUCAAAAGUAAGAAAAAUGGAAAAGCUGUUGUUGUUGGUGGAGGAUACAUUGGGCUUGAGCUUAGCGCAGCUUUAAAAAUAAACAACUUUGAUGUUAGCAUGGUUUAUCCCGAUCCAUGGUGUAUGCCUCGUUUAUUCACUGCUGACCUGGCGGCUUUCUACGAGGCGUAUUAUACGAAAAAAGGAGUGAAUAUCAUCAAAGGAACAGCUGCUGCUGGAUUUGUAAGUAACGAAAAAGGAGAAGUAAAAGAAGUGAAACUAAAAAAUGAUCGCGUAAUGGAAGCAGAUAUUGUGGUUGUUGGUGUUGGAGCAAAGCCUCUAAUUAAUCUAUUCACUGGACAACUCGAAGAGGAUAAAGGUGGAAUCAAGACUGAUGCAUUCUUCAAAACUAGUGUUGAUAAUGUAUACGCGAUAGGUGAUGUUGCUACUUUUCCCAUGAAAAUGUAUGGAGAUAUCAGAAGAGUUGAACAUGUUGACCAUUCCCGCAAAUCCGCAGAACAAGCUGUUAAGGCUAUUUUUGCAAAGGAGCAAGGAAAGGAGAUUGGGGCUUACGAGUAUUUACCAUAUUUCUACUCGCGUUCGUUUGAUCUAUCAUGGCAGUUUUUUGGAGACAACGUUGGUGAAGCUGUUAUUUAUGGUAACCGUGAUCCAGCUUCUGAGAAACCUAAGUUUGGAACAUAUUGGAUUAAGGAUAGUAAAGUGGUGGGCGCGUUUCUAGAAGGUGGUACCCCAGAAGAGAAUAAAGCAAUUAGUAACGUUGCAAAAAAGCAACCUACGGCCCCUACUCCUGACUCACUUGCUACUGAAGGUGUCCAGUUUGCAUGUAAGAUCUAAGAUAUCAUUUUUCCAUUCAUUUAAAAUGACAUUUGUUUUAUUUCAUUACAAUUAAACUCUAGAUAGUAGAUACGGAUAAAUCAUGUAACGUUUUUCUUUUUUCCUUUUUAUUUCCCAAUAAAUUAAUUUCUUGAAAACGUAAAA